AUGACUCGAAGGCUUGUUAUGUCGAAAAGAAAUGAAGAUGCAAAGCGAAGAAACGCAAACGAAGAUAAUUUGCUGCAGUUAGAAAUGGACAGGUUUGAGAGGGAACACAACAAAGAGAUGAAAACCAUUCUACAGGAAAAACAAAUAGCAAAAGAAGCCAUGAGUGACAUUAGAAGGCAUAGAACCUCCUCGCUAUUGGCUGCGCGACUAACCUCACACAACAGCUUCCCUAUCGUACCGACAAAGCAGCCAUGUUUGGAGAAAAGAAUGAGCAAUAUUUCGAGCGACGGACAAAGUUUCGAGUCUCGGAAAGAGAGCCUACUUUCCAGCGUGCCUGACACAGUAACGAAAACCGAACAUUUUAACAUGACUUUGUCGCAGCCGUCCAAAACUGAUAUUAAUUUUGGCCUUCGAAAACGCGCGCAAACUUUUUCGGAAGGUACAGAAUGUAUUCAUGCUUUUCUUGAACACAGCAGCAUCCCGCAUAAUCCACGAUUUCGACCAAGUUCUUCAAAAAGUCUGCCAAAGAACAACUGGAUUUAUCCAACUAUGAAAGAUUUCAGGAGUAACGUGCAGGACUAUGGCGGAGAAAGUAAACUCGUUGCCAGACUAAGAAGUCAGACUGACUCGUUACUGCAGUUAAAACGGAGGGGAUCUUUUGGCUUCGAAAGCAACUCUCUCACGGCCAAUCAAUAUUCAAGAGUUUCUUUCUCCCCACGAAACAGCCCAAUACUACUUACUCGACGAGCAAACACAGGGUCCGCUGGUAUCGACAACAAGACGCUAAAGAGAAAUCACCUGGAGCUUCCUUGCGUACAGCCGCCGUCAGGUAGAUUGAGUCCAUCAAAGGAUACUGUUAAAUUCCGACAGGCAGCAAGCCCUGCAUCCACUACAGCUCAGACAUUGGUAUCACGCUAUCAGCGAGACAAAGCCAUCUUAAAGGCAAGUGAGAAUCUUACAGUGGAGAGGGAAAAGAGGGAGAUGGAACGACUUAAACAUCAACAACUCAAAGAGGAUAUGAAAACAAGUAAAAGUAGUAAACGAAGAGACAGAUUUUUUACUAUAGCUCAGCUCGUAAUGGCUUUAAACAAACUCAAGUUUAAUGCUGCGGCUGGCAGGAAAUCAUCUCCACCCAAUCAGUGA